AUGCCAUUCAGUCCAGCCGCGCAGGGCGCGCUGCUAAAAUGGGUCAACACCUUCCCAAAGGAGGGGCAGCCCGCCCAGUCCAUUGACGAGCUCGCCGACGGCAUCGUGCUGGGCCAGGUGCUCCACGACAUCGACCCCACAUACGACACAUCUGAGCUCGACGAGCACAUUGGCACCUCGAAAUGGCUCGCCCAGAAGCGCAACUUGCAAUCUGUCUACAAGGGUCUCUUUAAGUACAUGCGCCGCGAGGCCCCCGAGUGCGUGCCUCUAGCCCAGGUGGCCGACUUCCGUGCCAUCGCAGAGAACCCGGACGCCGACGGUCUCGCUCAGGUAACUCCCCCAGAUCCCGAACAUUGGAAGAUGAAGCUCCAUAGGCGCGAGGCAAAGCUAACCAAAUUCACUCUCAAGCUCGCUGCCGUCCUCCUCGCUACUGCUGUCAUGAAUUCGAACGAGGACAUACGAAUGAGGGCCAUCAAAAAGCUGCAGACCGACUUGGGCGCCACAGAGCAGGUCGAAAUAAUGCGGAUAGUGGAGCAGAAACAGCAGCAGAUGACGGAACUGACCGCGAGGGCCGAGAAGGAGGAGGCGGCUGGCGACCGCGAUCCUGACCUCAAACAUGAGGAAGAGCUUGCCCGUCUUGAAGCCUCGCUGGAGAAGAAGAUUCACGAGCUGGACAUGGCGGUAAAGCGAUACGCCGACCUCAAUUCCCGACACAGCUACCUCCAAGAGUCCCACGACCUGCUCAAGGCUAAGCUUACCGAGGUCGAGACCGAGCUGGCCGACCUACGCAAGCUCCACGGUGCCGACGAGUCGCAGAAGGUCCAGACGCUUCAGCGUAAAAUCGACGAACAGGCUAGCCUCAUUGCAAGCCAAGAGGAGGAAAUCGAAAACUACCAAACUAGGCAACGGCACUUGGAGGUCGAGCUCGAAAAGUUCAAGGCUAGCAGCCAGGAGGGCCAAGACUACAAGGACAAAUAUGAUGAGCUGGCCCAUACAAUGCAGGAUCUGGAGAGGAAGGCCAAUGCUGCGGACCGUUACAAGCAGAAGCUUGCCAAAAACCGGAAAUUCGAGACAGAAGUCGCAUCGCUUCAGUUUGAGCUGGACGCGCGAAAGGACCUCGAUACUCGGCUCCAGAAGGCUCUGCUCGACCGCGAGAGGCUGCAAACAAGCGAGAGGGAAAUGCUUGUUGCGAUGACCACCAUCGAGAAAUCGCUCAACGAUGAGCGGGCCCACAAGGACCAAUACAGGCAACUGUACGAGGAGCUCAAAAUCGAACACGACCAGCUCGUGAUUCAGAACAACGUGAACGAGAGAUAUGUGCUCGACCUGAAGGACCAGCUGGCCGCGGUCGGAGAGGCCCCCAGGGCCCCUUCACCUAGUUCUCAGACUGGGGAUAUUGGCAACCUUGAACGUGAGCUUGAGCAGACGACGAAUGACAUCUCAAAGGUAAAGUUGCUCGAAGCCGAGGUCGACAUCCUCAGGCACGGCGCGGCCUCCGCCUCACAGGCGGAUGACCUCCGGCGAGAGCUGGACCGCAUGAAGGCUGAGCGUGAUGUUGCGAUGUCGAAAUACAACUCGAUAUUUGAGAAGCACGGAGUUGCCCAGGAGCAAAUCGACGCUCUCAUUGCAAACAUGACCGGUGAAGGGUUAGUCAAUGGCAUCCAAGAAGCCCUCAAACUUGGCAAGCUCGGCACGCUCACAUCCGACUACAAUAGGCACGUCGCGUACAACAGCAUGCGAGAACAGUUGGGUCAAGCCACCAGAGAGCUCGACGAGCUCAAGGUCCGGAACCGCAAGCUCGAAGAGGAGGCCAAGGACAAGGACCGCGAGAAUCUGUCCAUGAGGACCGACCUGGAUGCGGUCGGCUCAGACCAUCUCGAUGCCCUCGAGAGGCUCAAGCAGUCUGACCAGCUAAUUGCAGCGUCUCUCAGAUCCGAGCUCGAGGCCUUGCGCAGCAAGUACAACAGCCUCGAGAUCGAGAACAACAUGCACAAGUCGCAGCUUCUCGACGCCCUCGUUGCCAAGGAGAAGCUCUCCAAGGAGAGAGAGCUUGAGGGCCCGCCAGCUAACGUGGCUCCCGAGGGUGUCAGCCAGACCGAGUUGGACGAUAGGGUGAAGGACUACAAGUCGAAGACCGACAAGCUUAGAGACCGCGUCAAGCUCCAGAAAGAGGCAAGUUUCUUGAAAGCUCUCAAAACAACUGAUUCAUUGGUUACUGUGACUUCUGUGCGGUCCGAUCCAGGGCCACAGAGGGACUCCGGGAGUUCUGAGGUCGUAUUGCAGUCGGCACAGUCUAACAAGAGCUUUCCAAAUCUUGGGUCGGUCCUGGAAGGCGAGCCAAGUGGACGCCCUUCCACCGGACGUAACAGACCUGUCCAAAAGCCUGUGCUACAGGCUCCUCUACCAGUGGCGACGAGGCGAUCUCUUGACUCUAGUAGCUAUCAGGGCUCUUCUGAUCCUCAGCUGCUACGUCGUGUGACGCCUCCGCCAGAGGACCUGGCCUGGCAAAAGACUCAGAAGAAGAAGAAGGGCCGCAACUGGUGCAUCUUUUCACAGCAACUCGAGAAAGCGGACCAAGAGCGUUUCGAGCUCCAAAAGCAGCUCAAGGCUCUCGAGUCGGGCUCGGCGUUGGCGGCGCAGAAGGCCGCCCACGAACAGAUCAUCAAGAAUCUCCAGCGCGAGAAUGCCAUGAUCUCCACAGCUUGGUAUGAUCUUACGAGCCGGCUGCAGAGCAAUCACGUCGUCCUGCAGAGGAAAGACCAGCCCAAGAGCUGGCUGAACAAGCAGAGGCAGAUGGUGAACGUCAAUGCCUGGGCCUUGUUCGCAGCCUUCGCGUGGACUGCGCUGGAUGACUACUACAAGAUGUGCCUGCGCGCGAAGCUCGGCGCGUCGCCGCCGCCGCCGCCGCCGCCGCAGUGGUCCCGCCCAUGCACGAUCACGAGCGGCACAUCCCUCUUCUCUUCUCUUACUCCUUUUUCCUUCCGCCUUUUUUCCUUGCGUAUUGUAGUCACGACAUCGACGGCUCAAGAUCAUCAGACGAGUACUGCUGGCACGUGGCGCUCUCUGGAUAACAGCUGGUUGGUGAGGAAGAUGUGGGAGAUCAUACUCAAGAAGAAGGGCAUAGACCAGCAAGCCGGCGUCUCUGAGACACGUGGGAGUUGA